CCCGUGUGAGAUCCUCCCUACGCUAGCUUUAACCGAGCUGGAAUAUACCACCUGUGCUCGUCGGCGGGGGAGCAAGCCACUACGGGCACGGAGCGCCUCUUUACCUCAGUAUCACCGCCUUGUACUUGACGAGCUGUUUUCCUGAGCACAGUCGAUCCGCCGCCAGACCGGCGUGUCGGACUUUUCGAUUAGAGGCCGGCAUGGACUAUCGUUGAAUGGUACGUCCCAGAGCUCCUGGCGGAAGUGAAUUCUUCUUCCCUUGGUGUGGAGGCGAGGGCAGAGAUGGCGGCCCCGGGUUUUUUUUCACUUUUCAUCUUGGCCUUGAUAUUGGUAGUCAGGAUACAGGCUCUGACUCCUAGCCAUUAUCUUACAAAACAUGAUGUUCAGAGGCUACAAGCUUCCUUGGAGCGUCCAUUCAUUGAUUUGGAAGGAAGUUAUUACUCCAUCGUAGGACUCAGCAAAUUAGGCGUGAAGAUCACUGAUGAACAGGCCGCAUGUAACUUCAUCAGAUCCAAGGUGGACCCCAACAGUGUGGAUUCCCUUUUCUAUGCUGCACAGGCCAGCCAGGCACUGUCAGGAUGUGAGAUUGCCAUUUCAAAUGAGACCAGAGAGCUGCUACUUGCCUCUAUCAGUGAGGAUUCUUCAGUUACCCAGAUUUACCACGCUGUUGGAGCUUUGAGUGGCUUUGGGCUCCCCCUUGCUUCCCAAGAGGCUCUUAGUGCCCUCACCUCUCGCCUUAGCAAGGAAGAGAAUGUCUUGGCAACAAUUCAGGCUUUGCAGACUGCAUCAUACUUAUCCCAGCAGGCAGACUUGAGUGGCAUCGUGGAGGAGAUAGAGGAUCUUGUUGCCCGAUUGGAUGACCUGGGAGGGGUGUAUCUGCAGUUUGAAGAAGGACUUGAGGCCACUGCUCUGUUUGUGGCUGCUACUUACAGGCUGUCUGAUCAUGUAGGGACAGAGCCAGCGAUGAAAGAGGAUCAGAUCAUCCAGCUGGUGAAUGCAGUUUUCAGCAAGAAGAACUUUGAGAUUCUUUCUGAAGCCUUCAGCGUGGCUUGUGCAGCAGCAGCCCUUUCCCAGAAUCGUUAUCACUUGCCAGUCAUUGUAGUCCCUGAUGGGCCUGCAGCUGUGUCUCACCAUCAGCCCAUUCUUAGGCUCCAAGUGACCAGUGUUUUGUCACAGCCGCUGACGCAGGCUAGCGUGAACUUGGAUCAUGCAAAAUCUGCUGCUACUAAAGCCACAGUCCUUCAUCAGACUGCCUUUGCCCUGUCCAGAGAUGUCUUUGAGCUGAACUUCAUGAGUGUCAAGCCUGCCAGUGGCUACUAUGAUUUUGCAAUCAGUGUUGACGGGGAUAGUAGAUUUAUCGCCAACAAAGUUGAGUUGAAAGUCAAGGUCUCAACAGAAGUUGGCAUUGCAAAUGUGGAUCUUUUUACUGUGGACAAAGAUCAGAGCAUUGCACCAAAAACUACCAGAGUAACUUACCCAGCCAAAGCUAAAGGCUCCUUUACUGCUGACAGCCAUCAGAAUUUUGCCCUGUCCUUCCAGCUGGUAGAUGUGAACACUGGAGCAGAACUCAUCCCUCACCAGACAUUUGUGCGGCUCCAUAAUCAGAAGACUGGGCAAGAAGUGGUGUUUGUUGCAGAACCAGACAGCAAAAACAUCUACAAGUUUGAACUGGAUACUUCUGAGAGAAAGACUGAGUUUGAUUCAGCCUCUGGGACCUACACACUUUAUUUGAUCAUUGGUGAUGCUACCCUGGAAAACCCAAUCCUCUGGAAUGUGGCUGAUGUUGUCAUAAAGUUCCCAGAGGAAGAUGCUCCGUCUGCAGUCCAAUCAAAGAGCCUUUUUGUUCCAAAGCCCGAGAUACAGCACCUCUUCAGGGAGCCCGAGAAGAGACCACCCACAGUGGUCUCAAAUACAUUCACCGCCCUGAUACUCUCCCCACUGCUUUUGCUCUUUAUUCUGUGGAUUAAGAUUGGUGCCAACAUUUCCAACUUCAGUUUUGCUCCCAGCACCCUGAUCUUUCACUUGGGACAUGCAGCAAUGCUGGGGCUCAUGUAUGUCUACUGGACUCAACUCAACAUGUUCCAAACUUUGAAGUACCUUGCCAUCCUGGGCAGUAUCACCUUCCUAGCAGGCAACAGGAUGCUGGCUCAUAAAGCAGUGAAACGAACGCACUAACAGAAGAAAAGGAAGAACUGAAAGAGCACCAGUAUAAGCUCCAAGGCAAAGGAGCCAAAGAAGAGUUUAAAGGCCAGGAAUUGCAAUGUGGAAAAGUAUUGCCUGUAAUAUUGAAAAGAUGGUGGUUGUUUUCUUAAAGAAAGUUAAAAAAAAAAUUCCUACAUCAUGUGGUUAGUGAAUGUCAGAUCGCUUUGAGUUAUGGCAAUAGCAUCUUGUCUGCAACCAGGUUGGUUUUUUGUUUUGUUUUUUAAUGAUGGGGUCUGCCUGCCUCCUUCUGUGGAAUAAAGAGGAUGAGAGGAAAAGAAGAA